GGAACCAACACUUCUCAUUUUCUCUGAGGGAGCAGCUCGUGUACAUCCUUAAACUGGAUGUUUUGAAAUGGAACUUAAAUCUUUCUUAUUGGCUGUUUUUGUGAUAUUUUCAAGUCAAAUUCAAGGGUCCAGUGCUGUGACUGAUGUGUUUGUGAAGAGAGGAGAUGAUGUACUUCUGGAAGUCAUGGAUGAUGCUCCAAUGGAAUUUGAUUUGUUUGUCUGGACAUUUAAUACAAGCAAAGUUUUAGUAAUAUAUUCACAUGUUGGAGGAUCAACAGUCUCUGAAGGUUACACUGGAAGGGUUGAGUUCUCUGUGGGAAAUUACUCAGUGAAAUUAAAGAAUCUACAAGAUGACGACAGUGGAGUUUAUACAGCACUAGUGGUAGGAGCUAAAGACCAAACAAUAGCUAAAUACAUGGUCACAGUUCAAGGUCCAGUGUCUCCAGUUGAUCUGAAUCCAGACUCUGUGUCCAACAGCUCAGACUCCUGUAACCUCACUGUGACCUGCAGCACAGAGGACUCACACAUCAACAGCACUUUCACAUGUGACACCAAAACCUGCUCUCAGGAGGGAGGAGACCAAUCAAAGGUCACCAACUCUGGUGCUUCCCUCCGUGUCCACCUGUUGAAUGAUGCAAUCAUCUGUAACCAUAGCAACCAAGUCAGCUGGACUCAGAAGAAGACACAGAUUCAGGAUUUCUGUCCCCUACAUGCUGGUCUCUCUGAUGGUGUCUCCAUCUGUCUGGUGAAGACAGUCGUGUUCUCUGUUGGUCUGAUCAUCAUGGUGUCUGUCGUCAUCAGUGUCCACCUCAUGGAGAAGAUCAGGAAACUAAAAUAAAAUCAAAUGUACAUAGAGCUCACUCUCUUACAGUGAAAAAAUUAAAUUUGCUUGUGGAUUUUUUUCUCUUACAUCACUGCUAUUUUUGUUUUAAUAAAAUAAGAGCAUGUUGUUUUCUAACAGGGAUAAAUAAAGUCCUACCUUGUCCUAAAAUAUCUUUCUCUGAUACUUGGACUGAUGCUCUGCAUUGAAGCACCAGUCAACCAAAGUACUUCAGUACUUCAGUCUUAUUCAGUCUCUUAUCUACAAAACUUCAGCGUGAACUGCAGAUUUUUUACAAGUAAACACCUCGACUGUUUUGAUAUAUUUCAUGUUAGUUUUUUUUACUGUUAUAAUGUGUAAAUGAGAAAUGUAGCAGUAUUGGAACAACUGUAGGAGUUUACGAGGCUACAGACCAGCAACAAGAUGGUUUUUUCACAGCUUAUGGUUGAAAUUAGAGUUUCACAUUGUUUGUACAUGUUGGAGUCACUGCCACACCCAGUGUCAUGGUGAAUGUUUGCUGGAACUUUUUCCAUUUCCCCUGCACAUGAGUGAACACAGAGUUGAGUGAUUUAACUCACUUCAGCUGUUGUAUUGGUCAGAGCUAAUUUACCGUUUUGAAAGGAAAUCCUCAAAAAUAUAUACUUUGCAUUACUUGUUGUGAUCCUGUUUUAUGUUUUUAUUUAGUGAAGCAGUUUGUGUUGCACUUUUAUUGUAUGCAAAAUACAUAAAUAAAGUUUGAUUUGAAUUUAUCCUGA